AAUUGGAAGUUGGUGGAGUAGGUCCUGAUUAAAGUAAUGCCAUGAGUUGAUUAUACUGUUCAGCAGUUAAUUGGGGUGCAACACUGGAAGAAGAGCUAGCCAGAUAGCCAUUUAAAGAAGUUGAAAAAGAAUUCGCCACAAACCCAUUUGAUUCAUCCCUUUGCUUCUUUGGAUAACCAACAAUCUGGUAGCAUCGAUCCUUAGUAUGACCUAUCUUUCCACAAUGUUCACAAGAAGGGCGUGGCUUCUUAAUGUUUGGUCCGUUGUAGUUGUUGCGUGGUGGAGGUCGAGACUCAAAUCAGUUGAAAGUGCAGCGCUAUCGACUUGCGGUACAGCUGCAUUGUUGAUAUAUUGUUGUUGUUGUUCUUGACGAACAAGGGAAUAAAUCUUUGCAAGUGUUGGAAAAGGAGACAUGAGAAGUAUAUUACUCCGAACCGCAGCAAAUCGAUCAUGAAGGACUUAUAAAAACUCCAUAGUUUAUCUAUGUUUAAUUGAUCAAGAACUUGUUUUCCAUUACCGCAAAUUAUUAUUAACUCCCUGAAUCUUAUUAACAAAUAUUGUUGUUCCGUUUCAGAAAGAUAGUGAGAACUGUUUUUUCUCCUUCCUUUUCUCCGGCAACGUUUAACUCCCUGAAUCUUAAGUUCAUGGAGGCUGCAAUGCUGGCCGUAACUCUUACCUGGAUUUCAAGAUCGGGUUAGGGGUGAUAAUCUUCUCCAAGUGGUUUUCUUUUGCAUCCUAACUCUGUUUUGUUCUUGGUUGUAAGCACCUUCUUUGCUCUCUUAAUGCUGUUGUAAUGGUUCGUAGGAUCACUGCCAUUCAAAGCAAAUCUUUCGAAUUUAUUACUUAUGAGAAGGACAAUCCACCAACCACCAAAAUUAUUGAAAGAUCUAAUGGUUUUACUAACUCAAUCAUUGUAUCUAUCUCCGGUUUGGAUUGGCUUAUUCAAGUUCUUAAGGAAGCUAGAGAUGACAACCUGAAAACUACUCACUGGAGGGAGAAUUUCGGGAGGGGAUCAAUUUUGGUUAUCUACCAUCGCAACCAUCAAGGAAGAUAUUUGGGCGUGGACUGGUUCACCGGAAAUAGAAAUGAGAAACCACAUCAUAUUAUCAUCCCAGAAGGAAGAAACGGCAGAGGAUGGUACGAUUUUCAGGCCUCUUUGGAAUUGAAUCGUAGUACUUCAGAUAACAGGGGACGGUUUUUUGGAUAUAAAUUCUCCUCCCUUUAUGAGUCCGAAGUGAGAAGGGAGGCCUGGCCUAAGAUCAAUAACCUUAUCAGAAACGGCUAGAUAAUGCAAGCCAUGAUCGACGACAAGAUAAAUUUAAUAACCUUCCAUUCACUCCACUAUCAUCUCUUAGGGGGGCUAAUAUCACAUAUAAGAACAGAUAAAGGGAUUUGGGUAGAUGGAAGGAUGCAAUUGUAUGUACGGUCGCUCCCAAUCCAGCUGAUUGGAAGAUGGUGGAGGAUAGACUGUCAGCGAUUUUCCAUUUGGAGAAUGGUCUUGUAAUCAGACCAUUUUCUAACAACAAGGGCAUUUUAUGGGUUAGAGAACUUGUUCUUCGAAAGAUGAUGCUUGAACAACAACAUGUCCCCUUCCUUGGAGGAACAAUCCAUCUUCAAAUCUGGUGGCCAUCGGCUAACAAGCUCAAUCUCCAAACUCAAGGCCGAAAGUUUUGGAUGACGAUGGAAGGUUUACCUUUUCACUUGUGGUCACUUGAAACAACAGAAGCUAUAAUGGAACCUUGGGGUAAGAUCAUGGAGGUCUCCGAACAAUCGGAGAAUUUCACAGACUUAUCUUGUUAUAAAGUGCUAGUUGAGUGCUCCUAAAAUAAUCCACAAGUUCCUAGAAUGGUUGAAGUUACAGAGGAAGGUAUAGUGUACAAGAUUGGCAUCAAAGUCAUUUUCUUCAAGGAGGUGGAGCAUAAUGAUAAGAAUUCUAAGCUAGAAUUUCAAAGGAGAGGUGAACAGAGAGGUGAUCGGAGAGAUAGACGGAGACCCUCAACAUAUCUCGUGUCCGUGAUCAUGGUAAGGACAAGAACAUGGAUAGGGGUCAGAUGACAAAGACGUCUCAGCAACACCUUCAAGUUCAGUCCUCCAUCCAAGUCAAACAUCACAUGGGGAAGUACGGUGGUGAAGACUUUUCAACCGUUACAAAAGCGAAAAAGAUAAAGAAGAAAAAUAAAAAGAAGUACAACAACAUACAGAAAGAAAAUAUAGUUUCUUCCGAGUCGUCUCAACCUCACGCACUCGCUGGGCCUAUGCGGAGAGAUAAAGGUAGGGUAUUACCAACUUCAUGGCCCACUGGGAAUAUCAUCACCCAAAAUAAACAACAAACCGAAGAGUGGAGACCCAAACUUCUAGUGGCUACCACAAGUUCAGACACGUCUCAAAUCUUGCCUCAACCAAUGGUCGGUGCUGUGGUUGAAAAACAACAAAACUCCAUCGUUCAAGUCAACACUACUGGCCAAGGGUUACAAGAACAAAGAAGGGUGGUUUUCAACGAAGGUUUUAGGUCUUUCCUCUCUCAAUCGAAUCUAUCAACAGAUCCUAGCCAAUAUUGUCGUACUGAAUCUAUUCUAUACCCUUUUGAGAAACAAAGAGGACUGAUAAGUCAUGAGGGUCAAACAUCCGAAGAAUCACAGGUUACGUGGCCAUAAACAGAUCUUUUUCACUGUUGGCUUGGGUUUUCUCAUGCUUUCGUUGGGAGUGACAUUGAAAUCUGAUGAUUUCAGGGGGUGUUCGAGGAACCAGC